GAAGCAAUCCUCCCCGGGGCGCCGGGACAGGGCGGCCGGCCCCAGCCUCCGCGGCUGGCCCCGGGAUUUCGUCACCUGGGAACCCGAGCCGCGGCUUCCGCCUCCUCCCGGGCAGGGUAUAAAGGGCGAGGCGGCGGCGGCCGGGGCUGCAACCAGCCUGUGGCCGACGCCGGAGCCGCCCGCUGCCCUGAAGCUCCAGCGCCGCGUCUCCCCCGGGAUCCGGAGCGGUGCGGGAUGGACGCUGGUGGCUGCCCGAGGAUGCGGAGCGCGCUGCUUUGCCUCGGCUUUUAUCUAUUGCAAGCUGUCUUUGGUACAACAGUGAUCCCGUUAUGUGAACCAAAUGAAAUGGAAAACUGUACAACAGCGCUGAUUCAGACGGAGAAUAACCCGCGGGUGGCUCAAGUUGGGAUAACCAGAUGCAAGGCUGAAAUGCAAGACUACUGCUUCCAUGGGCAGUGCAUGUACCUUGUGGACUUAGACGAACAUUACUGUAGGUGUGAUGUAGGCUUCUCUGGGGUCCGAUGUGUGCAUUCGGAACUUCUCAAACAGCACCUAAGCAAAGAAUAUUUGGCACUGACCAUUAUUUUAAUCCUAUUUUUCCUCAUUACAAUCUUGGUUACAACAUACUACUUAUACAAAUGGUACCAAAACAAGAAGGAGACGCAAGCCAACAACCAAGAAUACAAGGAGGUUGAUGUCCAUGAGAAGAACUCAGCGCUGCUUCCCUAGUGAAGGGGGAGAGAAACACACACACAGACCAAGGAUUUGUCAGCUCACAGCUAUUUAAUAUUAACCUUAUUUUAUUAAUAUUUAUAUGUUCUAAACAAAACAAUUUAAAUUUGUAUUAAUCAGAAUCAAUAUACAGGUCAAAAAUGGAUUUUUUUUUUAGUAUAAAUAUUUGAAUGUCUUUAUUUUUAAUGUUUUUAUUUUUUUAUUUUAAUGUUGAAUAUUUAAUACUAUCCAAUGUGGAGUUAAAAAAAAAAUCCUACCUCUACGUAGGAUUAUACAUAGAUAUAUAUUUUUAUAAAAAAUGUAAGCUUUUUGCCAGUAAUAGCUGGCCUACCAAAAUACUUUGUUUUUAAAAAAAAAAAAAAACAAUACAAUUUUGUAUUUGUUCAUGUGAACAUAAUGAAUGUACUUAUGCUUCUUAAAAUUAAGUCUUCUAAAUUGGGUUGAAUGAAUGUGGUGUAACAAUGGCAGGCAGUUUACCUGAUCCAUGCACUCAACUUCAGGGAAGUUGAUGGAUAAUCAGACCUGAAAACAUGGAAAGUACCUCUGGCCCUGGGAAAUGUUGCUCCUCUAUUCAGACUGAUGUUGAUUGCUAGUUUGUAGUUGGGGGUGUAUUGUCAUAUAUUUGCAUCAUGUUAUGUUGCAUACCUAUGCAGGGCGGUUUUCAUCAAAACUAAACUGAGGUCUAAUAUUCAUCUUUCAGUGAAGGCCUUGUUACUGGCACAAUUUUGACACCCAUGUGGGAAAGUAAGGAGGUGUAAGAUGUUCUCUUACUUUUCUAGGCAGGCUACUGGCUGCCCCUUAAUUAGGGGAGAUUGUAAAUCAACCAAUCAUUAUCACAGUCCUUUAUAGUGAGGACUGUCUUCUUCUUCAGAAUAUUUAAGUCACACAUUCCCUUACAACAACUCAGUUUGCAUUUUGGGACCGAUACGCAACUGUUCUGUUAGCCUCAUACAUGCUGCCGGAUAGGCCUUGUCCACACUAGAAAGAGUUAGCAGGCACAGCCAAAACUUCCAGUUGAGCACUGGAAAGUCUGACCCACACAGGUUAAAGGUGUGGAGAGGUGGCUGAUGCAGCAAGGCAAUUUGUCCCUGAAUGCGCCCCCAUCCUCUCUGUACAUCCCACAUGUGGAGGCUACCGCUGGCUCUUCUCUUCCUGUGACCAGACAUGUCUCCCCACUGCCCCCUCCACCCGGCCAGUACAGAUAGGGCUCAGCUGGUGGCUGAAUGGCCAUGGGUGAGAAGAAGCUGAAGCAAGAUAUGUUGCUACCGGAUCUGUGAUACAUGUGGAGGGGUGGGGGAAGUAUCUCCCUUUGAUGGACACCCAGCAAGCCAGUUAGCUGUAAAAUCCCUCUUGGUCUGUUCUCUGCUUGCUUUACCUGUAAAGGGUUAACAAGCACCCAGGUAAAAGAAAAGGAGUGGGCACCUGACCAAAAGAGCCAAUGGGAAGAUAGAACUUUUUAAAAUAGGGAAAGAAACUUUCCCUUUGUCUGGUCUCUGGGCUGCAGGGACAGAGCAGCAAUGCUGUAUAAGGCUUGAACCAGGUAUGAACCUUCCAUACCUAGAAGAAAUUAUUUGGGAUAGGGAAUAUUUAGUUAGACACAAUCAGGUUUAUAUUUUAUUUUGGCUUGUGGAUCUCCUCUGUGCUAACCCCAGAUGCUUUUAUUUGCUUGUAACCUUUAAGCUGAACCCCCAAGAAAGCUAUUUUGGAUGCUUGGUUUUUGGAAUUGUUCUUUUAAAUUCUAGCAAAAAGUUCCAGAUGUAAUGUUUUCCUUUUUUGUUGUUAAUAAAAUUUACCUUUUUUAAGAACA